CGAGUCGCGACUCGCACGAUUCCGAAACCCAUCCCACCUCGUUCUUCUUCCUUUCGCCCAAAUUUCUUCUCUGAUUUUUCUCCAAAAAUUUUCUGUUUCCUCUAAGCAUUGAUUGCCGACUACUGAUUCGGCGCUCGUUUUUCCGAUUCCCCACCCUUUUGCGGGUAUGCAGUAUCGGACGAUCUUACAAUUCAGAGUUCAUUUUAGGUUGAAGGUCUCAUUCUAGAAACCUGAGGAAGUAACUCCGAGCAAGCAGGGUUAUCUGUUUUUUCAAGUGGGCAUGCAGCUGACACUUUCUGCUGUUAGAGAGUUUUUGGCACAUGGGACUGCCAAUCAGACUAAUCAGAUACAGAUAACAAUGGCCCGAGUACAAGUUUUUGAAUGAUUGAAUUCAUGGCCCGUUCCUGUGGAAUUGUUGACCCUGGAUGGGAGCAUGGCAUUGCUCAAGAUGAGAAGAAGAAGAAGGUUAAAUGCAAUUACUGUGGGAAAGUAGUUAGUGGGGGAAUAUACAGGUUAAAACAACAUUUAGCUCGACUUUCUGGGGAAGUAACUUAUUGUGAGAAGGCUCCAGAAGAAGUAUGCCUGAGAAUGAAAGAAAAUUUGGAAGAAUGUCGUUCCAAUAAAAAAGCAAGACAGUCUGAAGACUUGGGACAAGUGAAUUUAAAUUUCCAUGCCAACAAUGAUGAAGAGGAAGUGCAUGUUGGGUAUAGAAGCAAAGGAAAGCAAUUGAUGGUUGAUAGAAAUCUGUCUAGUGAUACAAAUUUGGCUGCAAACUUGACUCCUCUUCGCUCACUGGGGUAUGUUGACCCUGGGUGGGAACAUGGUGUUGCUCAGGAUGAGAGGAAGAAGAAGGUAAAAUGCAAUUAUUGUGAGAAAAUAGUUAGUGGAGGUAUUAAUCGGUUCAAACAACAUCUGGCUAGAAUUCCUGGAGAAGUAGCACCUUGUAAACAUGCUCCUGAGGAAGUUUAUCUCACAAUCAAAGAGAAUAUGAAAUGGCAUCGUACUGGUAGAAGACACAGACAACCAGAUACUAGUGAAUUAUCGGCCUUCUUUAUGCUGGCAGACAAUGAAAAUGAAGAGGUUGAAAAAGAAGAGGUUGCUCUGCAUCAUAGCCUGGUUGAUGGUGAUAGAAGAUUGAGCAAAGAUUUGAGAAAGGCAGUCAAGGGGAUGUCUCCUACUAGUGGUUCUGAACCGUCAUUUAAAAGAUCAAGAUUGGAUUCUCUUUUUCUGAAAACCCCAAAGACUCAUACACCACAAUCUUACAAACAAGUAAAAGUAAAUACAGGGUCCAAUAAAAAAUCUGGCGAUGAAGUUUUCUCUGCAAUUUGCAAAUUUUUUUACUAUGCAGGAGUUCCUUCAGAAGCAGCAGAUUCCAUAUAUUUCCAUAAGAUGCUGGAGUUGGUUGGUCAAUAUGGUCAGGGUUUGGCAUGCCCUCGGAACCAACUGAUAUCUGAUCAGUCUCUGCAGGAGGAAAUUGCAACAAUUAAAAACUACUACCUAGUUGAUUAUAAGGCCUCCUGGGCAAUCACUGGUUGUUCUAUACUGGCAGACAGUUGGAGAGAUAUGCAGGGUAGGACUUUAAUUAACUUUUUGGUUUCUUGCCCCCAUAGUGUUUAUUUCGUUACUUCAGUUGAUGCCACUGAUGUAGUAGAAGAUGCUUCUAAUUUGUUUAAGCUACUGGACAAAGUGGUGGAAGAGAUUGGUGAGGAAAAUGUGGUGCAGGUGAUCACUGAGGAUACUCCCAGUUAUAAAGCUGCAGGGAAGAUGCUCGAAGAGAAGAGAAGGAAGUUAUUCUGGACUCCAUGUGCCACCUAUUGUAUUGAUCGGAUGCUUCAAGAUUUUUUGAAGAUAAGAUGUGUAGGAGAAUGCAUGGAGAAGGGGCAACAAAUUACGAAGGUCAUUUACAACCAAAUUUGGUUGUUAAAUCUUAUGAAGAGUGAAUUCACUGGAGGAGAACUUCUGAGGCCAGCCAUUACUCGGUCCGUCUCCAACUUUGCUACUUUGCAAAGCUUGCAGGAGCACAAGGUUGGUCUGAGAAAAAUGUUUCUAUCAAACAAAUGGAUUUCAUCUCAGUUCUCCAAAUCAGGCCUGGGAAAAGAGGUCGAAAAUGUCGUUUUAAAUGCUACGUUCUGGAAGAAGGUGCAGUAUGUUUUAAAAUCAGUGGAGCCAAUAUUACAAGUGCUUCAAAAGGUUGAUAAUGGUGAAAGCUUGUCGAUGUCAUCUAUAUAUAAUGACAUGUACAGAGCAAAGCUUGCUAUCAAGUCCAUCCAUGGUGAUGAUGUACGUAAAUAUGGACCAUUCUGGAGUGCGAUAGACCGCCACUGGAGUUCAUUGUUUUACCAUCCCCUAUAUAUGGCUGCUUACUUCUUAAAUCCAUCGUACAGAUAUCACUCUGAUUUUAUGGCGCAUUCAGAGGUGAUGCGUGGACUUAAUGAAUGCAUAACCCGGCUGGAGCCAGACAAUAUGAGAAGGAUUUCCGCAUCUAUGCAGAUUUCUGAUUAUACUUCCGCAAAAGCUGAUUUUGGUACUGAAUUGGCAAUCAGUACAAGAACAGAGCUUGAUCCAGCUGCUUGGUGGCAACAACAUGGGAUAAGUUGCUUAGAGCUGCAACGAAUAGCUGUACGCAUAUUAAGUCAGACAUGCUCAUCCUUUGGGUGCGAACACAAAUGGAGCAUAUUUGAUCAGAUAUACAGCCAAAGGCACAAUCGUUUAGCGCAGAAAAGAUUAGAUGACCUUAUCUAUGUUCACUACAACUUGCGGCUUAGAGAACGCCAAUCAAGGGAAAGGGUCAACGAAUUCUCUCCAGACAAUGUACUCGUAGAAUGGUUACUAGAUGACUGGAUUGUAGAAGCGGAGAAACAAGCCUUGCAAGAAAAUGAGGAAAUCCUUUAUAAUGGAACGAAGCAGCUUGAUGCUUAUGAGAAUGAUUUGGUUGAUUAUCAAGAUGGAACUGCAGAGGCUAGAAAGGGAUGCCUUGAGCUGGCCAAUAUGGCCGAUAUAAAACCCUUGGAUGUUAAUCCUGCAAAUUCCGGCGCUGCCACUGAUGAUGAUGAUGCUGCUGACAUAGAUUUUCUUGAUGAUGAUUUGAGUGAUUAGUCGACUCUUAUGGUUCAACUAACUCGGAAAGAAGUAAUGUAUCUACAUGAUGCUGUUACAGUAAUUAGAUUAAAGAUGAUGAGAAGUUCACUUUGUAGAUUUGCCAGGCAGCUUCUCUCUUUGUAAUCCAAACAAUCAAUAUAAAGAUGCCUCUUUUACACUAAA